AUGUUCUAUACCUCGUCCCGAAUCAUUAUUGUCUUGACCAGCACAUCUUGGGUUGUUGCUAGCGCUCUGGUGGUCAUCAAUCGUCCAAAGACUACCCCGUUCUCACUACUCGCGCUUUACAGCAGUCUUCUCGUGUCACACUCCAUCAUCUUCAUUGAAAAUCACCCAGCGCGGCGCCAUGAUAGCAUUGCCACCAUUUUGGGAGCGUUGGCGGCUCUACUUGCCAUUGCAAUCAUUCUGCAUAUGCCAAUGCGAGACUCUGAUCUCCCAGACGACCAGAUCAGCCAGGUCUUCGAAGCGCCUGAUCCGCGACUUCGCAGCCCUGAGGAUAAUCUGACUCUGUGGCAAUUUAUGACUAUCUCGUGGAUGGAGCCUCUCAUUUCCUUGGGGGCGAAACGGCAAUUGAACGAUCAAGAUGUCUGGCAACUGGGCUAUGAAUUUCAGCACAAGAGACUGCACGACAAGUUUCGUGAGCUGGGAGGCACGGUGCUGAGCCGUGUCCUUGACGCAAACAAGAUUGAUCUGGUUCUCGUGUCGUUCCUUGGUCUCGUGGAGUUACUCGCAGAUUAUUCGACUCCUGUAUUGCUACAGCAACUUCUCCGAUCUAUGGAAGAUGUUCAUGCACCUAGACGUGCUGCGGUCGUUUAUGCUGUUCUGUCGCUGGUUGCUCGACUCAUUGCAGGUCAGACCGCGGUCUUUAGUCUCUGGUAUAGCAGGCGUUGCUUCGAGAGGUCACGUGGAGAAAUGAUAAUGAUGCUUUACGAGAAGAUGUUAAUGAGGAAAGUAGUUGGUCUUGAGGAAGAUCGACCCGAGACAGAUUCUGAACUGGCCAUAGGAAGGCCUCCUGAACACCCAGGUGGGACAAACGAAAAACGCGGGCAACCGAAGCAGUCAGCGUCGAUGGGCAAGGUAUUAAAUCUCAUGCGUGGCGAUGUCUAUGAAGUGGCACAAAGGUUUUGGGAGUGCUCAUCACUAACUACGAAACCUCUUGGCCUUAUCUUCUCGGCCAUAUUUAUCUGGCGGCUAAUCGGUUGGCCUUGUUUCCUCGGCGUCCUUACAGUAUUCGUUGCUCAAGCGCUAAACGCGCUGAUUGCCCGAGGCCUAUUAAUGUGGGAGAGACGCCGCAGAGGAGCAACGGACAUCAAGCUUCAGCUCAUUACCCAAUUCGUGGAAGCAAUCCGCCAUCUACGCUGGUAUGGUUGGCAGGACACGUGGCUACGCAGAAUUAUGGAAGCAAGGCAACACGAACUAAACCUUCGUGUUGUGACUAGCAUGUGGAGUACCUUGAUCGGCUUUACUAAUACCUUUGCCAAUGGCAUGUUCCCCGUUGCUGCGUUCUACGCCUAUACAUAUCUUGCAGGACAACCGCUGCGAAUAGACAUCAUCUUUCCUGCUCUGCAGCUGUUCGGCAUGUUGGGGAGUAAUCUUCGCGAUAUUCCUGGUCUUAUCACCGCUUUGCUGAAUGCCUAUGUUGCGGUUGGCCGUCUUGAAGCUUUCAUGCGUGAGCCAAACAAGCCAGAGUCAGAGAUAAUGCCAGUCGCAGGCGCACAGCUGCAGCUGAAGCAUGCAUCCUUUUCUUGGCCAGGUGCACGCCGAUUGGUGCUAGAUGAUGUGAGUGUCGCUUUCCCUUCAGGCUUGACCGUUGUCUGCGGUAAAGUUGCCGCAGGGAAGACCGCUCUAUUGCAAGCAUUACUUGGAGAGCUAGAUAUGCGAGGUGGCGAGCUUGUUCGACCAACGGAGAUGUUCGGGUAUUGCGCUCAAACGCCUUGGCUGCAAAGUAUGAGCAUACGGGAGAACAUACUUUUCUCCGCUCCUUACAACGACUCUCGCUAUAAGCACGUUAUUGCAGCAUGCGCCUUGACUGAAGAUCUGGCUGCCUUGGAGCAUGGUGAUCUGUCGAACAUUGGAGAGAACGGUGUAGGUCUGUCUGGCGGGCAGAAAGCACGUGUGGCACUGGCACGCGCGCUUUACAGCCAAGCCAAUAUUCUCCUUCUGGAUGAUCCAAUCUCGGCCUUGGAUCAGCGGACAGCGGAGACUGUGGUUCAAAGGUGCUUUGAGGCUUCUUUCUUGGCCGACAGAACAACCGUGCUUGUCACUCACCGUACGGAUCUCUGCUGUAGUCUGGCAAAGCAGGUGGUCGAGAUUUCCGAAGGCAGAGCUCGACUUCUGGGGCCAGGUACCUCUUUUUCAAGUAGUCUGAGCUCGAUGCAGUCAUCAAAUACGAUGACCAACGCAGACCAUGCGAAAGACGCAGAGCGUGAACUGGCAGCCGUGCCUGAGAAAUUCAUUGAAGACGAGUACAGAGCGACUGGGGGAGUCAGAGCGCGAGUGUAUUGGGCCUACAUCAGAGCUGGAAAACUGCGUUGGUGGCUCGUAUUGGUGUGCGUCCUUACUCUAUUUCGCUUGAUCACCGUGGGCAAGGCGUGGUUUCUCAAACAGUGGGGUGAAGCAUACAACCAGCCGGAAGCGUUGACUAUUUCUGAUCCAUUCAAAAGAUUUCCAUCCCCAGAAGCCAACAUCCGACCGUGGCUGAUUGUCUUUUUCCUGAUCGCUGUCAUCCAGGCGGUCAUAUUUCUCGUUUCUAGAUGCUUGAUGUUGAUCAUCAUCUAUAUCGCCGGUCGUCAAAUGUUCAAAGAUAUCAUGAAAAGCGUGUCUUAUGCUACUUUUCGGUUCUACGAUGUUACCCCGGUUGGCCGCUUGAUGAAUCGUCUUACAUCGGAUAUUGGCACCAUUGAUGGAAACAUCAGUCAGCAAUUCCAAAAUGUUGCCUGGCUGUUAAUCGAAUGGGUGUCUUCGAUCGUUGUCAUCGCAUCUGUCACACCAGGAUUUCUUGUCUUCUCGUUUCUGCUUACUCUCGGGUUCGUCCUCAUCUUCCUGCGGUUCCUUCCAACUUCACAAAGCCUGCGAAGACUUGAGACGGUCUCCCUAAGCCCGCUAAUGUCUAACUUUGGUGCAUUGUCUGACGGGCUGGCAACCGUCAGAGCAUUCUGUGCACAACAUCGCUUCCAAAACCGAGUCAUCACCGUAACAGACGCAUUCCAGAAGAUGGACCAUUUCUACUGGAGCCUGCAGGCCUGGCUAAUGUACCGAUUUGAUAUACUAUCGGCCUCCUCUACCUUUCUUCUGACCUUACUCGCACUGUAUACGGGCGUGUCACCUGGUCUCACAGCCUUCGUCCUGGUGGCGGCUUCAAGGUUUGUCACCUCCACACAUUCAUUAUGCAGGCAAUACGGCCAACUCCAAAUGGACUUUGUCUCGGUGGAACGGGUGGUCGAGCUGCUACACGUAGAUCAAGAGCCGCCAGGGACCGUCAGUCCUCCAGCUUGGUGGCCUUCGUUUAAUGGCGACGUCGUUUUCGAGAAUGUUACGAUCCGAUACGCUCCUCAUCUUGAUCCGGCAUUGUCCUCGGUUUCGUUCAGAAUCAAAGCCGGAUCCAAAACCGCUAUCAUCGGAAGGACUGGCUCUGGCAAAAGCACGUUGGCACUGGCACUGCUCGCAACAAUCCUCCCCGAAUCCGGCCGUAUCUUCAUUGACGGCAUAGACAUCUCGACCGUUGACACCCAAGCCCUCCGCUCGCGCGUGACCUUCCUAGCCCAAGAACCCCUCCUCUUCCCCGGCACGCUACGUCAAAACCUCGACCCGCUGAACCAACACAGCGACCCCGAAUGCGAAGCCGUCCUAUCCAAGAUCCUGGACCAAAGCCGUAGCCACAACAUCGACACCAGCCACGGCGACAGACGGUGGAGUCUCUCCACCCAAAUCGACACAGCCGGCCGCAACCUCAGCCAAGGCCAACGCCAGCUCAUCGGCCUUGCGAGAGCCGUCCUUCGAAAAAGCCCCGUCAUCAUCCUGGAUGAGGCAACGGCGUCGAUCGAUCUACCAACCGCACUCAGGAUCCAACAGGUCCUGGCCGAGGAGAUGGAGGCAUCUACCGUGAUCACGAUCGCGCAUCGGGUGGAGGCGGUCAGGCAGUGGGGGAGGGCUUGUGAGGUCUGGGGGAAUGGGAAUGGGAAUGGAGGGCGAGGAAAUCGGGAGGGGAAUAGGGGAAGUGGGAAUGUUCUGCAGGGGAGGGAUGAGUGA